UGGCUGUGAAAGAGGCGAGGAUGACACUGCAUUCGAGAAACAGAGUGCCCUCUUUGCUUUGGCAAUUGCAGAUGUUGUACUGAUUAACAUGUGGUGCCAUGAUAUCGGUCGGGAGCAUGCUGCCAAUAAGCCUCUUCUAAAAACGGUUUUCCAGGUCAUGAUGCGUCUGUUUGGCCCACGUAAAACUACCCUUCUUUUUGUUAUACGUGAUAAAACCAAGACCUCGCUUGAAAAACUAGAUCUUAUUUUAAGACGGGAUAUUCAGAAGAUAUGGGAUGCAGUUCCUAAACCUGAGGCCUUCAAAAGUACUCCUCUGAGUGAGUUUUUUAAUGUGGAGGUCAUUGCCUUAUCUAGCUAUGAAGAGAAGGAGGAGCAGUUUAAAGAGCAGGUUGCUGAACUGAGGGAGCGGUUUUUCCACUCCAUCUCUCCAGGAGGACUAGCUGGAGAUAGAAAAGGAGUUGUUCCUGCCUCAGGAUUUUCUCUUAGUGCACAACGGAUAUGGAAAGAUAUAAAAGAAAACAAGGACCUGGAUCUUCCUGCUCAUAAGGUAAUGGUCGCAACUGUUCGUUGUGAAGAAAUUGCCAAUGAGAAGCUCCACUGUUUGUUUGCGAAUGAGGGUUGGUUGGCUUUGGAGGCAGAUAUUCAAGUUCAUCCUGUCCCAGAAUUUAGAAAAAGGCUCGAUGCUGUUCUCGAUACCUAUCUUUCCGAGUACGACAGGGAGACUAUCUACUUUGAUGAUGAUGUUAGAACUGUGAAACGUCAAUAUUUGCAAUCAAAAGCAUUGGAGGAGGCUUACAAGCGGGUUCCCAACUGGCCCGCGCCCACACCUGAUCCGGCUCCGCCUCUGGCUCCCGCUCGUGCUUCCAUCUGGUCAAACUUACCCACGGCUGUAUCAAUAGCUGUAUCAGUGGCGGGUUUUGUUGUUAACUACCUCAGUUGAAGCAGUAUGUAAAUAUGUGAUGUUAGGGUUGGUUUUUAUAGAGUACAGAUUUUCUUUUGUCGUGUAUUUGUCAGUUCUUCGAAUAUUGAACAUAGAGUAACACUUUUUGCUUGUACAAACUCUUUAUACACGUUUUAAGAUAAUUGUGU